UAACAACAAAAACAACACCAUCGACGAAUGUCAUUAAGGAUGUCUCUUAGUGUUUGAUCCUGUUGAGGUGAAAGAUGGUUCUCCACAAGGAAGACAGCAUCCAGCUGAAGACAGCCCUGGGUACAAGCGAGAUACAGCUGCUGAUAGGGGACAUCACACAGCUGCAACAAGAUGAGGCAUCGGACAUCAUCUUCGUCUCAGCCUUUCAAGGAGACUAUUCUACUGCUUCACCUGGUACACUCAUUGCUGCCUUAAGUCGCAAUUUGAACAUCAGCGUCCAAGAACUGGCGAGGGACAAGGAGCUUGACCUCAGGACUAACUUCCAUUGCUGGGUGUCCAAACCACUGCCCCACAAUGUCCCCUACAGGCGACUGGUGUGUUUUGAGAGAGCUCGUAGGGCGGAGGGUGGAACGACGGCCCAGCAGAUCAGCACCAUGUUCCGUGCCAUGACACCCAUCUUUAACAAUGAGGACACAACUGUCAUAACCCCUCUCCUAGCCACAGGAGACCAGGGCCAGUCCCGAGUGGCAGUGCUGAAGGCAAUGGUAGAUGGAGCUUGUCACUGGAUCAAGGCAGGUCUCCCUCUAAGAUGUCUGAAGAUUGUCCUUUAUGCAGCAGAUCUCAGCAUGAGGGACAUACAGGCUGUGGAACUGUUCAAGCAUCUGAAGAAAACCUGGGAAACACAGAAUCUCACACUGCCAGAAGAGGAUCAGAGUAUUGAUGUGUUCAUAUCUCACAGUAACCAUGACAACCAUUGGGCUGACACAGUUGCUACUCAGCUGACAGAGAUCCGCCCUGGCCUGAAGGUGUACAAGCAACAGCUCCAGUUCUCAGUCAAUGAGGUGUGGCAGGAGAAUGUCUUCCAUGUGAUGAUGCAGUCGGUCAGAAUCAUCACCAUCUUGACCCCUGCAUAUGUGGAGAGUCAGGAAUGUCUGGAACAGUUCAACAUAGCUCUGUGUGUGAACCGGCUGUCAAUACACCACCAAAUCUGCCCCAUGUAUGUGGAAACUGUCAGCUCCAUACCUUCCUACUUACAGCUGGUGCAGUAUGUGGAGUGCAGACAACGGAAGGAAGGAGAGGUAACUAAGACACUGAUCAAGCAGGCAUGCAUUACAAUUUUGAGUUCAGUGCCUGAGUCUGAUCAGACCAAAGAUAACUCCAAACCAGAACCUCCGUCCAGGACGACAUACGAUGUGUUCAUAUCCUACUCCCAUCGAGACCCCACCCCUGCCCAGACUCUACUACAGUGCCUUCAGGAACAAGACUCCACACUCAGUGUCUUCUUCGACAGGAGUGAACUCAAGACUGGAAGUCUCUGGCAGCAGACUCUGUAUGACGCCAUGGACAACGCCCGCUGCGUGGUGGCUCUGCUGUCCAUGAGCUACAUGACAUCUGAUGUGUGUCAGGAGGAAUACAACAUUGCCCUCGCGAGGGCUUUAGCUACAGAAGAUGUCUCUCUGAUUCCUGUUUCUGUAGAACCUUUGAAGGCCAUCCCUCGGACCUUCAGUCACGUGACUAUACUAAAUGGAUCUUUAGCCAAUCAGAAGGAUGCCCUUAAGCAGAUCUCGAGUGAAGUUAUUAAUUUGGUCAGAAAUGGACGGAAGGGACGAAAUAUUGUUAAGCCAACUCUCUCAGUCACACCCCAGAAAGUUCAAGAGCUCUACCGUAAACAAGAAUUUGAUAAACUGUACAAAGUAGAAGGAAAAGAAAUCCUUUACAAGGACCCAAACCAACAGUCAACAAAUGAGAAACCAUUGGACAGAGGUGACCAGCAGAUUGUGUUCAGCUUCUCUCAUGAUUCUCUCCGUCUUGCUAUAAUUCUGUCCGAGUUGAUAAAGCAGGCAUCACCAGGCACGAACUGCUCCUUCAUCAGUGAGAAUAAUAAAGACAGACUUCAUUUGUUGGACCAGUCCCAGCUUGUGGUCAUCAUAGUGUCAGACGGCUAUGUCCAGUCAGCUCAGCUCCUUGAGGAACUUCAUCUAAGUCUGUGUAGACAGCGGAGAGAAAAGCCUACGAGGAUGAUGUACCUGAUUGAAGGGUCACACCUCAGUGCCCAACCCCACUAUCUCCAUCUCCUGGACUACAAAGUCAGCAUCAAUGACAAACUGUGGACUGCUUUGAAACCCACGAAAACAGCAUCUGAUGAGUUUUCACUGCGACAAGAGGUGGAAUGAAGGGCUCUUACUCCUGCACUCUCCCAGAGCGUCUGGCCCUCAGCAAAGCUACACUUGACAUCCUGGAUAUUGUUCACAAUCGGUCUUGUUACACACACAGAAUGAGUAUCUUAAACAUCCUCAACAUUGGCAGCCUCACCACAGGCGGUGCUGGAGACACUGUGCAGGUUGAACAGUUCUCAAAGGCAAUACAGAUGGGUGAUAACACAUCAGAGGAGGUAACAAGAGAUAGAGUCAACUCAGUGGACACUUACAGUUAUGCAGGCAGCACUCAUGAAGAUGCUGACUUCAUGAUACAAGCAGGUUUCAUUGCUGAUGCAAGAAAACUAAAACGGAGUUGCUUUUGUGUCAUUUUGUAAAGGUUGGUAGAGGACCACCAGUAGUCUGUUGCUCGGUGUAAGAUUUACAGUAGUUUAACUGGUUCUGUGUUUAGGACUUGGUUGGUUAUGUGUCAUCACACCCUGAAGGCAUGUGAUGUUGGUCAUGAUAUCAAUCCCUGGUUUGUCUUACUACAGCUGGCCAUAAUACAGCUGGAAUUACCCAUGAAGAUCCAGGUGAAAAUUGGUCUCCAGCAACCAACAUUUGUCUUAAAAGGCGACCAACG